CUAUAAAUAUGACGUAAUCGUUAAACAUCUUUAUUUCACUCAAACAUGUCGAGAAAAAAUAACAAGGGCAAUUUGCAAUGCCCGCAACAUCCAGAUGCUUUUUUAGUCGAGGACUACCGAGCAGGAGAUAUGGUUUGCCCCGAGUGUGGCUUGGUAGUGGGCGAUCGAGUGGUCGAUGUUGGAUCAGAGUGGAGAACAUUUAACAACGAGAAAUCGGUGUCCGAUCCAUCGCGUGUUGGCGCAGCUCAGAAUCCACUGUUAGGUGGGACUGAUCUUUCUACAAUGAUUGAAAGAGGUGGUCCUGGGAAAUAUGACAUGGAUGGUUAUUCCAGAAUGCAUAAUCGUGGUGGUGCAUCCGGGUCAGAUCGGAGUCUAUUACAAGCGUUUAGAGAAAUAUCUGUUAUGGCUGAUCGGAUUAAUCUACCAAAAAAUAUUGUGGAUCGAGCAAACACAUUGUUCAAACAAGUUCAUGAACAAAAAAGCCUGAAAGGUCGAAGCAAUGAUGCUAUUGCUGCAGCGUGUUUAUCUAUUGCGUGUCGGCAAGAAGGUGUUCCCAGGACAUUUAAAGAAAUAUGUGCUGUUAGUAAGGUUUCAAAAAAAGAAAUUGGUCGAUGUUUUAAGCUCACUUUAAGAGCUCUAGAGACUAGUGUGGAUCUCAUUACGUCCGGAGAUUUUAUGUCCCGGUUCUGUUCAAACUUAGGAUUACCAAUGACUGUCCAGAAAGCUGCUACCCAUAUUGCAAGGAAAGCUAUGGAUCUUGAUUUAGUGGCAGGGCGUUGUCCUAUAUCUGUUGCAGCAGCGGCAAUCUACCUCGCCUCACAAGCUUCUGAGGGUAAAAAGUCACAAAAAGAAAUUGGUGACAUAGCUGGCGUGGCCGACGUGACAAUACGACAAUCCUAUCGUCUUAUGUUUCCCAAAGCUUAUGAACUAUUUCCCACAGACUUUAAAUUUUACACACCCAUCGAAAAGCUGCCAUAUUCAUAGGAAAAUAGUCAAAAAUAUAUUAAGACAUUCGCAUAUUAAAGCUUCUUUUAAGACAUGCAUUGGAGAAUAUAAGUAAAGUUAUGUAUUUUAUAAGUUAGUUUAUUUCUAUCUUUCUGUUGCGCUUUCACAAAAUGAAAUGUGAUCGCCAAAUAAGCAAUAUUGCAUGAUUGUAAAUUUUUAUAUUUAAAAAUUGAAAGUUUAUGUUAAAUUGUGUGAAACCAUUAUACAGUUUUAAAACGGGUAAAAAUAAA